AGUUUAGUGUUCCAGGGUUGGUAUUAGGUAACCGCUCGCCCUGGUGCAACUUCAUGUCAUUUGUUGAUGCGUCAACUGACAGAUUUUCGUUAAAAUGUGUAUUUAACGACAGAAAUCAAACGAUGCAAGAGAUUUGUUGUUGUUAUAAUGUUGUUUGAAAUCCUGGAGAUUAGUGGAGUAAGUGCAAUAAGUGUUUUAUGUUCUUCGAAUUGUGUAAUAAAGCAAAUUUAAGCGCUCCCACCAAUGCGCCAUUUUUAUUGUGUUAUUUAAAUUUAGUUUAAUUUAGCUCGUUCCAGUGCAAAAACGUUAACCAUGUAACGCACACAACACGCUUAAGUUGUAAAUAACUCACUUUUAAUAUUGAUUUUUGCAUUUUUGUUGGUUCUUGGAAAAAGUGACAACAUAACCCAACCUCACCUUUUAUGACCUCACGUAGAACAUGGAUCCUCAUUUGGCCAACGAAGUAAUCGAAAUUGAAGACGAUAUUAUUGACUUGGACGAUGUUGAAAAAACGCCAGAAGAGAUAAUAUACGAAUGGGACGCCAAAAUUCGGAAAAAAUUAACAAUGUUCAGUGUGGUGGACAAUGAAAUUGUCUUGGGAGAUAUCAUGAAGGAAUAUUUAGAAUCGUUCCAAGAAAUGGCUAGUAGCUAUGAAGAGUACGAAACUUUAAAGAACAAAGCGUUCCACCACAUUAGUUGCCUGUACUUGUAUUACGUUGAACUGCAGUGCUGUGCUCCAGACAAUUAUUUAAGCAACAUGGAGGACAUUUUGACAUUAUACUGCAAUUUAGAGCUCGAAAUAAUUCGUCCGUUAAAGAGGAAAGAACGCCAAAUAGAGUCGGUGUCUAAGAAAAUGAUACACGCGUUGACAGUGUACCUACUUGAGCGACAGGAUCACAUUUUGCACGUGUUAAUUAAAAUGAAUACUACCAACCUUUCAAAAUCUUGCUCAGCCUUACUAAAUAUCCUCUACAAACAUUUUCUUAUCAAUGUACCUGCGUUAAAUUUGUGUGAUGAGUCGUUCUGUAGAAAUUACAUAGUCUUUCAAAAAUGGAAAAAAAUUCAGAAAUUUGACGAUUGGAAACACAUGGACGAAAUUUUGUACAAACGAUUUAAACGGACUCCAGAAUCGAUAAAAAAUAACGAGUUGCUUAGACAAAUCUUAAUGCCCGCUUGCGAAUCGACUGUUGAGAUCGUUUUGAGUUUAUUUCGCUCGUUUCGGGACGUAUCAGACGCGUAUUUCAAACACGUCAUGGCCAAGAAAAAUCUGGAUUUAGCAGACAUAGAUUUCAAUAUCGAUCUAGGCGAGGAUGAACCAUCACUACCAGUACAUGAUGAAAAUGAGGAAGAGGUUAAAUUUUUAAAGGCGUAUUACGAAAUUGAAAGGAAUAUGUCCAGCUUAUCGCAUAUGAUAAAUUCCUCAGAUAUGGAGGAAGUUGAUAUCUUUAGGAAAUGCAAAAAGGAAUUUGACGAGGAUGACGAUGUGCAAUUUAUUGGCAUUACGAUGUUGCCAAACGGCCCAAUACAUCACAUUGAUGAUGACAUUCCUAGAAUGAGUAAUAGUAAUAAUAAUAAUGAAACCACUCCACUAGUCCAAAUUGAAGAAGAAAGUCCUUCAGUCACUACACCACCGUCACUUCAGGAACCAGUGGUAGAAGAGACUCUCGAGACUUCCACUUUAGAGAACGUGAAUGAAAUCUCGCCAAUUUGCGUUGGAUCUCCUCGGACUGUUUCUGAAUCGUCGAUUUCUUGCCCGACCAGUGACAUCGCUGAAACUCCAACGGAGGAACUCCCAGCUCCAGUUCUCCCUUUAAUCAAAGAAGUGAUCAGUAGUGCAAGUGAAAUUCCUGAAGAGACUCAACCUAAAGUGCCCUUGGUUUCGAACGAUACGCAAACUCCAAGUCCUUCUAGUCCACAGUCAAGUGAUCCAGUUUGUGAAAAUAACAUACAAAGGACAGUUGAAAUGAAAAGUGUUGAAGUACAAGCUGAUGUUAUAAGUAAUUCCGUCUAUAACGACUAUGGACUUACGACGCCACCUUUUGAUGUACCUCUUGAUGAUCAAGGAGCCGUUGAACCUCGACUGUAUGCAGACAUCGGACAGAAAAAAGACAGCGAAAACAUUUUUGAGAAAAUAGCUGUGACUACAAGGACAAUCGAUGUACAGGUGGAUCCCCCAAGCAGCGAGAGUUGUUCGUAUAACGACUACGGCUUAACGCCUCCAAACGACACGCCCUUGGAUGACCACACGAGAUUACAGAAAACUUGUUUGUAUGCGAAUAUACGACAAGAUGACAAAGAUCUGGGCGAGGAAAAAGGCGCGCAUGAAAUUGAUCAUUCUAAGGAAAAUCUCGAUUCGGAAUUUGAAGAUUUCGAAAAUCAGUUGGGCAUCACGGAAAUCCCGAAUAUAGACUCGGAGGAAAUCGAUAUCGAAUCUUACAAAGAUGACCAACAAGACAAUAAUCAGUUCAAGAUUCGGGUGAACCUCGAUCUUCAAAUUCCAGAAGAUAGCAGUUCCAAAACAAGCGAUCAGAUCGAUACGGGCCAGGAAAUAGUCCCAAACACAGCCCCGAACAUCGAACCCUCCGUCACAGCAGAAAGUUCCAAAGAGAUUUUUAACGGCAACACUGUCCUGAAGCCUCUCCUCUCGCCCAACCGAACAAACGGCCAAACGAAAGACGUUCCAAUUCCGCCAAAAAUUGUGUUUACCUCGUCCCAGAAACUGCGGGCGGCUCCGCUGGACGACUUCUCCAGGUUCGAGUCAGCGAUGCACGUGAGAUGGAGCCAGGACAUCCUCUCGGGCCCCGUCACCAAGGCGGUGCCCACCAAGCCCCAGGACAAGUUGGACUUUUUCCAGGACUCGAAGCCGGUCGCGAGUGCCAGUAGUCGGUCGAGCAGCCCCACGGAGAUGACAUCGCCCCCGUACGAGGCCAUCGACGACUUCCGCGGCUACUACAGUGCGAGUGUGAACGGGCGCGUUCGGCCAUCGCCCCCCGAACCCAAAGUUCCUAAAGGCAUCCUCAAGCGGCCCCAAGUGCGGCGGCCGGUGGCCGAGUGCGUUUUAGUGCCGAAACGGGUGCGCAGGGACCCCAAGUUGAACAUGACACCGCAGGUGGCGAUCGAACGGUUGUCCUUCAUAGAGAACAAAAUCAAGAAAACGGUCAACAACACGCGAACGCUGCGGGUGGACUACGACAAGACGACGCCCCACAUCAACGAGAAGGACGUCGUACGUUGUAUUUCCCCGCCUAGGUUCUCGUGGAUUGUCGAUCUCGCGCCCAGUAAACAACACCCAGGUAAAGUAAAGCCGGUUGAUGCCUACUGCAGGAAAGUUUCCUCAAAGUGUGAGAAAAACCAGUCCUCGUGUUGCAACCAGUUGGCCGAGGAGUUCACCAAGUUGAAUUGCAACGUCGAGGACAAAGCGCUGAACUUAACCAUUCCCGAUAUUCCCGUCGAUCCCGAAUCCGAAUUCUCCAAUUCCCCGACCCUUUUGCAAGGCAAGGACGAGCUGUUGCAGCACUGUCUCGAGGAAACUUCAAUCGAAACGCCAGAAGUAUCCAACGCAAAAUCUCUACUUUGUGAUAAUUCCAAUUUUUACACCUCUCAAACAAUUAAUGACAGUAAUUGUAAUAACCGCGAUUUGGAAAACACCGAAUUGAAAAAACAGUCAGUUGAUGAGACAAUUAAAUUGCCAACAGCCGUUCCCGACUCUUACGAUUUCGAUAAAACUUUCAAAAACGAGGUCUUUUUAAAAAUCGAUUGGCAAAAUUUGAACGAUUCGGACGGCGAGACGCGGCUACCGCUCAAGAAGCGCAAGCUUUCGGUGGCCGAGAAGAACGAAGAGGAGAAGAAAGAAGAGAUCAGCUAUCCGGCGACGCCGAUGAUCAGCAUUGCGGAACUGGAAGCCUUGCAUCCGCGGAAAUUGCCAACUAAUAGCACGCGACCGUUUAAAACACCGGCUGAGCGAAAAGAAAUGCCGCCUUUGCCUGUCUUUUGUAAUGUAGAUUCUGAAACUAGUCCGAUCGUUACAGGUCAAUUUAAUAUCAAUAAUCACACGUACCAUAAUCCCACUAUUAAUUAUCACAUGAAUAACGUUCCUGUACCUUUUAUAAACGUACCUUGCGGCUCGUACUACUCUAUACCGCCGAUUUUAGUACCGUUUAACAACGUCUCGAAUUUUGACCAAGCCAAGCAACAAGAAACCACCGUGAAGAAGGAAACCAGGAAGCAAGGAAGACAAAGAAGACGUCAUUAAGUUCAUUCCAUUCGAGUCAAUUUUUAGUUUCAAUUCAGUAUUUACUAAUCUAGUAAUUUUACACACUGGCUGUGACUUAAUCUCUUAUUUAUUUUAUUAG